GUUUAGCACUGCUGCCUCACAGCAUUAGGGACCAGGUUCGAUUGCACCCUCAGGGACAAGUGUGCAGAAAAGGAGAUAGUGUUUAACAGAAAGUUGAAAACUUCACAUGAACCAAGUCAAACUCCUCAGAGAGCUGACGUUUAGAGAGAGGACCAUGAAAGAUUUUGAAGAGCUGAGGAAACUGUGCUGUGCUGAUAAUCCUGGUGCAUUUGAGGUGUCUGCGACAAGCAAUGGUUUUGAGAAGAAUACAAAGAGAGGCGUGAGCUUUGUUGCUCCUGGAGCAAAGGACAGCAUCACGAAACUGAAGAAAAGGAAGGAGGUGCUGUGUGAGAACUCCUCUGCUGGAAGUGAGGGACAGAACGGGGAUAGCACGGAAGGAACGUAUCCAGAUAUAGAAAAGAAGGGCCAAAAAAGCUUUACACUGAAGAAAAAGAAAGCUGUGUUAGAAAAGAGACAGGCCAAGGCAAACGUCGACGAAGGCUACAUUACAAAACCGGAAAACGUCAGCGAUGAAGACAAGGCUAAACGCAAAGCCAAAUGUGUUGGAGGCAUGACUAAAACAAAUAAGGCGAUCUCAACACUCAGUGACAUUCAGUAUGAAAAGAUCUUCCAGUCUGUCAUAGACAAGUCUCUAGAGGAAUGCAUAGGUAUGGCUUCUAGUGUUGGUUACUAUGAGAUAAAUGAAGUCAGCACAGUAGGACGAAGACACAAACGUAAAGGCCAGCCAAAGAAGAUUGUUCAGGACUACACCAAGUUCAUUGACGAUGAUGAAGAAUCUGCGUUAGAUAAUUAUGUUGCCUGGGUUCAGUGCAGCGAGGAGAAAUGUGGGAAGUGGAGACGUUUGGAUGACAGUGUGGAUCCAGCCACUCUGCCAGAUGACUGGGUGUGCAGUCAGAAUCCAGAUCCUCUGUACAAUAUGUGCGACCUACCAGAGGAGGUCUGGGAUGGAAGAGAGAAUGAUAUUAUUUAUGCUGAGCUGGUUCCUGGUUCCAUAGUGUGGGCGAAACAGCUUGGAUAUCCAUGGUGGCCAGGGAUGGUGGAACAUGAUCCGCAGACUGGGAAAUACUUUAUGUUCACAACCGACUCAGAUCAGUUUCCGGUCAGUAUGAGGCAAAGGUCCAGUACAAUCCUACUAUCUAGUGUAGCACUGAGUGACAGCCACCAAAGGUGUUUGAGACAUUUAUUGGAGUCCGUCGUGGAUGUAGCAAUCAAAACUCACUGGCAUACUGCAGCAGACCUGCGACAGAAAUGUCAAUGUGGGAACACGGUGGUGUGUCGAAGUGGCAGGCAGCUGGAAACUUGGGGUCAUUUUUGCUGCUGGGAGGCCCUCGCACUCAUCGAUCGGCACGAUGAUGCACGGCCUCCACUUCUAGAAGCUUCUGUGGUGCUCAACUUUGGAGAUCUGGAGCAGCAUGAUGGCUCAGCGAGCAGCUGUAUGGAGACUUUACCUUUGACUAAAACCAACUGGCCAUUCUUCUUGCGUGAACAUGACACAAUGAGUACCAGUGAGUGUGAACGUGGGGUAAUUAGUGCCAGUGAGUGUGAACCUGGGGUAAUUAGUGCCAGUGAGUGUGAGCCUGCGGUAAUUAGUGCCAGUGAGUGUAAACCUGGGGUAAUUAGUGCCAGUGAGUGUGAACCUGGGGUAAUUAGUGCCAGUGAGAGUGAAUCUGGGGUAAUUAGUGCCAGUGAGUGUGAGCCUGCGGUAAUUAGUGCCAGUGAGUGUGAACCUGGGGUAAUUAGUGCCAGUGAGUGUGAAUCUGGGGUAAUUAGUGCCAGUGAGUGUGAGCCUGCGGUAAUUAGUGCCAGUGAGUGUGAACCUGGGGUAAUUAGUGCCAGUGAGUGUAAACCUGGGGUAAUUAGUGCCAGUGAGUGUGAACGUGGGGUAAUUAGUGCCAGUGAGUGUGAACGUGGGAAGCGUGAUUUCUCGAAGAGGGUAAACACUGCGAAGAAGAUGGCUGAAGAAGCUCAGAAAGUGAAAAUACAGGACCGAAUAUCCCAGUUUGGCUUUCUUGUCAGAUAUAAGGGAAUUGAAGAUGCCAAACUUUCCGAAGAUAGUCCCAGUCAGGAAUCGCUGGAGGAUCCCUGCAUUGUUGAGGAUGCAAAAAGACCAAAAUCCAGGAACAAGGAAGAGUCUUGGAGUAAGGACUGUGCAGAGAAGGAGCCUGAAACCCAUCAGCUGCGAGCCAGAAAGGGAAAAGAGAAGAAUGGUGGUGUUCACCUCGCUGCUGGUCCAAGGAAACCGAGCAAACGGGAAUCUCCAGCACAUCUGGUAAGGAAGACGUUACCGAACAACUCCAAGUGGUUUAGAGACCCCACCUUGAAGAGGGACAGCAGUGGGGGCAAUCAGGAAGUCGCUGAGAAAUCGGCUGCCUCAAAUGGGAUUGAAGAGCUGGAGCUCAUGCCUCAAAGAGCCAAGGGGACUGAAGACAAAGUCACGGGACAUGAUCGUAUUCGGCGCAAGGCUUGCCUCAGCCCUGACCCUGACUCCCACACUCUGCCGCGCAUUGCAGCUGAUCUGAAUGAAAAGGAAUCUACGAUGGCGAAGAAACAUCUGCUCCGGGAACCCCCAUCGCCUCCCAGAGGUGGCCCGGCCAGUGAAGGCUUUACCAAGCUGCUCCAAGAGGUUGUUGAAAAGAAACAAGAUGCAGAUAGCUUCUCAGAUAAUGACAUGGCAAUCUUAACAUUGAAGAAAUCAGAAGAUGAAGAGGAAUUUGCUGACUUCAUGUUCGAGGAGUGAAUGAGCGUAACAGUCGUCGUGCUGCACCUUACACCAAUGCUCCACAACUAUAUCCGUUAAUCUCAACUGUAGAGCUCGUAUAUUCAAUACUGAAAACAAUAGCUCAAGUGUGGUCGAUGAUACCAUGGUUUGUUAUGAUAGUUAUUUGGAAGCAAGGGUCUGUGGUAGGGUGACUAUUUGGGCUGUGUUCCAGAGGUUUAUUGUAAGGCUAUCAGAUUUUCAGUCUGUGAUCCAGCUGUUCACUGGAGUACUACCACAUGUUUGAAUGGUGACCCUGAGGUUUAUUUUUAUGGACCUGCCGCAUGUUUGAGAUGGACGGUUACUGAAGUUUGACCAAAGCUUUUAGUUUAGGUUUUGUCUCAUAUGACGCCAGGUUUUAGUCUCAUGUUGAAGAUAAUGCUGGCUUCAGAUGGUUGCUGUAACAUACAUGGUAUUGAUGUGGUGUCUGGGCAAAUGCCUCUCCUGAUUUAGAUUUCCGGGAAGAUAUUGAAUGAAUGUUUGAGUGGAUGUUGGUCAUCUUACUCUAUAUCCUAAAGAAUAUCCAAACUUUGUGACAGUGCAACUCUUUGUCUUUCCCGUCGAUCCAGUCAUCCCUUUUCUCCACUUUGAUAUAAAUUUAUUCCUUUAUCCAAAUAGUAAGGCCGGCUGCUUCUUGCCAGCUAGUUGUGCAGCAGCUAGUUGUAAGGAUAGCCCCAACUAAAGUGGGUGUUUUGUAUUACUUCAUUAAGAUCCAGUGUUGACAUUCUGAAUCUACACUGUCAGUUCGAUUGUCAAAUACAUUUUCCUGAUCCCUGUUGUGGUUCAGUGUGUCACAAGCCAUGCAGAAUAGAAUAGGCCUUCAUUGUUGCCUGUUAACUAUUCGUCACAUGUCCACUCCCUACAUUGGUGGCCAGAAAUUUCAGUAUUUGAUUACACCUCUACCUUGUUCCAGGACUAAAAAGAGAGGAAUAACCUGUAAUCCCGAUAUCUAUAGAAUAGUCACAACACUGACAGAGACCGUUCAGCCCAUCGGGUCUACGGAGGCUGUCUCUUUUGAAGAGUUAACCCCGUUCCUCAAACUCUGGCAGUAGUUUUCCCUGUCUUGUAUGUAUCGGAUUCCUUUUUGAAAACCGUUCUGCAAUCCAUUCCCCUACACCAUCGGACAAUGAGUUUCAAAUUCUAUCUGCUCACUUUGCAAGAAGACUUUCCCUCUCAUUGUCUGUUUCUUUUGCCAUUUGCCUGAAUUCUGUGCCUUCUGGUUAUUAUCCCUUCAGCCACUGGAAACUCUUUAUUUUAUCCAUCCCAAACUUUUAAGCAUUGCUGGGGAGUGUCUGGCUGAGGGUUGCAUUGGACAUUUACCUAGCCUCCCUCUGAAAGUGUAACCACUUGAGUGAGCUAUCAGAAGGUGACUGGCGUCUGUAACACUGAUGUAUUGCCUUCAGCAGGGAUGGAAUAAACUAGGUCAAUAAAAUAGGUGCGGGGAGGGAGUCUUACUGAUUUUAUAAAUUGCAUAUAGAGGAUGGAGCCAUCAAGGUUAAUUUGGAUAUUCAAAAGCAACUUGUUACCGAUUCAAAAGCCUUCCCUGGAAGUAGCUGCAGAUGCACUGAGAUGCUUUUUGACACCACUUUGAUGGUUGCUGUUAUCCUAAAUUGUUUACAGCGUAAGGGUGGGGCAACCUUCAAACUAAAUACAGAACAUGAUACGCUGGGCUUGCAGCCAGAGCUGUACUUCUGCAUGUUGCUCCUGUCUAAUGCGUAUCGUUAGGAAAAGUGGGCAGAAGCAUCCAUGACAUCUCGAGGCGAACCCUCCCCUCACUGCGGGAACCGUCGGGCUCUGGAUCUCCCCAGGUUUCCUGCUGCCUUUGUUGUUGGAUUUGAGUGCCUGACGAGCUCUUGCUCCCACCAGGGAGAAGCAGCUUCCUUGCCAAGAAUCCACCCAAUUAACUGGAAAGACUAUCAGUGUUGCUGCCAGGCUAUGGUACAUUCUAGCAUUGCUAUGGCAACUGUAUGCUGUAGCGAUGAGAGUCAGCAAACCUCCAGACUCUGCUGUGGAACUGCUUAUUCCUUUCCAUUUUAACAUAUAUCAGGUCUCACUCCGUGAUAGGUCUAGGUUUGAGUGUGUGUGUGUGUGUGUGUGUGUGUGUGUGUGUGUGUGUG